AUGGAGUGGUUGAGUGGGAGAGAAAGGGAGGAGGUGGAGAGAAUGAGAAGCAACAUGGAGGAGGAGGAGGGCACCGUGAACAAUCAGACAGGUAUUUUCCCACAAUCCUUCGUGAAGAUCAUUAAGCCGCUCCCAGAGAGUGAGGUGGAGGCAGAGGCUGGAGCUCCGACCUACAGCUGCCUGCGCUGCUUCCUGCUGACGCCCUCCGGAGUCCAGACCAGAGAUGUGUGUGUACAAGAAGACCUGACCAUCCAGCCGACGUACAAGGAGCUGCUGUCUCGUAUGAGGGACGUCUUCAAGGAGGACGACAUCUCCAUAAACUACCGCGACGCCGAGGACGACCUGAUCCGGAUUCUGGAGGACGAGGACGUGCAGCUGAUGAUCCGAGAGAGCCGAACGCAGAGAGACAGAAUCAAGAGGCCGGCCAAUCAGUUCCUGUGGGAAAUCCACGUGAGCGCGACCUCUGACCUCUCCGUGUACAACUCCGAGGCCUGAGAGGAGUUUAGAGAAAUAAUCUACAGAAGAUAUUUAGUGUUAUUAUAACAGAUCAAUGGAUCUGAUCCUGCAAGUUAUAGAUGUCACUGUUUCAGUUAUUGGACGACACAUUUCACUUCGUAAUAAACUCCUUUAAUUACA